AUGUCCUUCAGCUUCAGCGCGUCACCUACCAAGCUUGGGACUGAUUGGAUUCUUGCGCGAGAUAAUUCCUAUGAUGUUGAUGAUUCAAACAGUGACGUUAUGCGUCUUGCUGGACGACUUCAGUUCUGGCAAGCGUAUGCUAUCAGCCACUUUAGAGUCUUCGAAGCGAGUGGUAAUGUGUUUAACCUGAAUCAAGCACGAGUUGGAUGGGAAAGUUACCUCCAAGUGGACACAGUGGCGAAGUCAUGGGCCUCAUUUCAAUCAGUUGCGGUUUCUUUGAACGAGCUGCGAUUCCACUCUCAAUUCGAGCUUGUCCGGUGUAUGUUUUGGAGUGGCAAACGAAGCGAGAAAGGCAAGGCUUUAAAUUUAUCGCACAGUCUUUUACAGGGGUUCUUCUCUGGUCCGAGUGGCGUCUCAAUCUUCGAUGCAGCUAACGUUGAAGCUCAGCUCCUCAUGCUGAGUAGCAUGUUAUACUUUGAGCAGAAUUUCUCCACUAAAAGCUGCAGUCAACUGGAGAAGGUGCUGAGCUUGCCAUCUCGAAGCGCAUUUACUGACUUGGAAGUCCGCUUUACAAUAGCUUUAAUUUUGUUAAAGCGAUACGAGGAAAGUUUCGCAGACAAUACUGGAAGUUCCAAGACUGAUGAUCCUGAAACAAACACAUGCUUGAGAACUGCGGCGCAGUUACUAAAACAGUGCUACCGAGUGAUUGAGCUCUGGCCAUCAGUUGGAUUUUAUCACGGUCGAAUGGAAAAGAGUGAAGCCAAACGGUUGUUAUCGAAGGAACGGGUGGGAUCCUUUCUUCUGCAUCACCCUAUUGAAGCAGCAGGCAAAAAAGAGAAGAUAUUUCUUCAAGUAAAGCUGUCAGAUCGGCCUCUUCGCGUUGCAUCCAUGCGUAUCGAAUUCACAGACUCUGGAAUCUACAAGACACGCAAAAUGCCCGACCACCUUGGCAGCUUUAGCAUACACGGUCUGGUAGCUAAUCUCCCACCUGAAGCAGGUGUCCAAAUGGAAUUAGGCAUCCGAAAGUCCAUAUAUACUCGGUCACUACGGAAUAAACUGGAACGAUCCCAACCUGAAUUGUUGCAUGGAAAAUGUGUUGUGUUAUCCAGGCUAUUGGCGUGGAAUGAAUGGGAGCGUAAAAUUAAUGAGACAGCAGCAAUACGGUCUGAUAGUGACAGACGGUGGAAACGACGCAACGAGACGUGGAGUGCUGUGUGUCUUGAAAUCGCAAAGUUACUGGAAUGUAGUGAGGCGUGGGUAUUUGCUGAAUUCGCAGCACGUGAGGCGCUGUUGCAUUCGAAAGAUCGCUCUCAGCGUGCAAAUGCGAGUUUCCUGGCUGCUCGAGUCACAAUUAACAUGCAGAAACGAAACGAAAGCGCAUUGUUCAUGCAGCAGGCGCGUGUGGAGAUGAUUCAAAAGCGAUCGACUCCCACCACACGUUUAUUUAUUGAUAACUUGACAGCAGUUCAACGAGCAUGGUCACUCAACGUAUCGAUCUCGAAGCAGGAACCGUUCUCGUCUCGCCUUGGGCGACUCCAGAAACUUGAGCGUUUGUGCUUAAAGGCAUGGCAAUAUGACAGUCUGGCACUACGAUUCCGUGGAGAUCCGUUUCGAGAGGCACUGCUGCUACAACGAGUCGCUGAUGAAAUGUAUGCUGAGUGUGGCGAUACUUUCUUCAUCCGAAGUCUCUUGAAAGCGCAUGUCCGUGCCUACGUUGUAAAUGACUCGUGGUAUGAGGGUCUUCAUUUGAAGUGCGCUUACAUUUGUGUUACUCAGUUAUUCAAGCGCUUUCACAUGCAUCAGAAUACCUGGAGUACACGUCUGACGAGCAUGACCGGACAUUUUGAUAAAGUCAAAAAGAAGAAAACUGCGAAGACACGGACAUUCAACGUGAAGCUGCUGCUUCUUUCGUGGCAUCACAUGCCGUUUCUGUUGUGCUUCGAGAUGGCUGAGGUUCUUUAUCGCUACAAAAGCCACAGUGCAUCGACACUCAUCGACGUUUACGAGAGUUUACUGGGACGCUUGCGCGGUUCGCAGUCCCAAACUUCUCUUUAUACGGCGUAUGAAGAGCUCAUUCUGCUCAGGUUAUCGUUUCUGCAUGAGUCAAAAGUGUCCCAAGCAGAAAAUUCGUGGCGCCAUCUUGAUGCUGCCGUAUCUGCUAUAGACGAGAUCAUUGAGCAAAGGGAAAAUCGAGCGCAGUUGUAUUCGUCUGAGGCUUUGAAGAAGAUAGCAAAGAGGAUCAAGUGGCCUAAUUCUAUUCGCCUCCCGUUCUACUUUAGCGAUGCCGAAGUUCUUUUCAUCCGCGGUUAUUUCGUGCAGCUACAAGAGGAAAUGAAGCAGAUUCCUGUCGAGCGCAGUCGUAGCUGGCGUGAUUUCCACUCACUGCACCAGGAGCUGAUGGACCUUGUGAAGAACGAUGAUAAAAUAUCCGAAAAAAAUGGUCGAAUGGUCAAUAGCGUCCGAUAUCGUGCUGAAAACCUACAAGGAAUUAUGAUCUUUGUGGGGGCUACGCAUGAUGUGACGAUCUCGAAUGUGUUGCUGAGUUAUCCGUUUGUGGCAAUUCGACUUGAGGGACAGACAACUAUAACGCGAUCCCCACCAACGUGGACGAAUUUGUCUCCUAGUUGGGAAGAAGACAUCGAGAUUCCGGUCUCUUCGGCUCAAGCCAAUAUUACUGUUAGUGUGAUGAACCGUGCAAGGCGAAAUUCUCGAUGGCAAGAGGCAGACACGAUCGGAUAUGUAUCGAUAGCAAUUCACGAUCUGAUCUCAGCACAUGACGGAAUUACUGAAGGGAAAUUCUAUGAACUUACACUACUGAAGGCGCCACGGUCUAAUAAAGAAAGCCACAACAAGGUAGCUCGAAUUUUUCUUAGCUUCCAAGUGAUUGUAAAACCCCAAUCAAUGGUGCCGCAAUCAAAACGAACAACAACGUGGGUGACUCGAAGUGGCAAUUGGGAUGUGAAGGACGUUAGGGUGCAUUUGCACGGAGAUCUGCAAGUUUUUGUUUCAUCUCGCUGGAUCUGGAGUCGAUUUGCUUGUCAGUUUAUGCUGGAUAAGGACUUAUUUAUCGCGAAAUGGUUUUUCGUGAAAGCUGUGCGCUUAACUUCUGAGUUGCAGCGACGGACAAGUAAGAUUGGAAUUCGACUUACCACGACUGAUUCGUUGGCUAUUGUCGCCGAUUUAGUAGCACUAAGUCGUUGCUACCGGGUAAAUCUGAAUGAUGUGAAGUGGGGAGACCAAGCUAUUCCGUUGCUUGGACAUGCAGAAGCGAUUCUAACGCGCAAAAUGGCACAACAGAACAAGAAUCACUAUGGCACCCUAACAGACCGUGCAGAACUCGAGAAACAACUGGCUAUUAUCCGUGAAUUACUUGCCGAUGCUCAUGGCACGUCAAAACUCGUUGGUCCUCUCGAAGAAGCAUUGGCGAGGAAGACUCCAGCGACGUCAGAAUGGGUCAAAAUUACAAACCGAGAACCCAACGGUGACAUAUUAACUCGCUACCUUAACCAAGAUACUGGCGAAACAUUCCGCUCGAACUGGAGCGAUGAACCUCUCGGAUAUGAAGACAAGGAACCAAUUACGAUGGAGGAGCAAGAGCGUCUCCCGCAUCGGAUCGUUGUCAUGUCCAGUGAAAUGAAAACCCGAGUGCGUUAUCAUAGAGAAAAACUGCUUCGACUGCACGCUGAAGAUCCUUAUCACUGGAUAGCAGUGUUCAAUGAACGUAAAAAGGAGUUCCAGUUUUACAGUCCAGGCUCUCAUGAAGCGUACUCAGACCCCAACGCUACCAAAUAUCUUGCUCGACCGCCUACAUACGCGAUGCUCGCCGACGAAUUCCUGCUCUACCACGUUCUUCUCGUGCAAGAUGCCUAUCGCAAAUACCAUAGUAGAAGACAGCGGCGACGCCGACUUAAUGGUGUUUUUCUGUCGGUGUGUUUGGUGUCUUGGGAAUUAGAAUCAACUCGGCGACGAAUCCUACUUCGGAGUUUGAAUUGCAUUCGUAUUGUAGUCGAAAAGGCCCAACACUUGCGCACUUGUGACUUGUUGAGCAGCGACCCAUUCGUGAAGCUUAGACUGACAGAUCCAACAGGAGAAAUAGUGGGAACUGCAAAAACAAGUGUGCGGUACAAUUCACUCAAUCCGAAGUGGAACGAAGAAUUCCACUUCCGCUAUAUCUUCACAGAACACCAAGUUCUGCCGCAGACCGCAGCUUCAGCCCUGAAGAAUGACACAGCUUUAUUGACGUUAAAGGUGUUUGACUACGAUGUCGUCUCAACACGUAAAGCUAGUAACAAGAAGCAGGAAUUCAUGGAUGAAGACAGCGUCCAAGUGAGUGAUAGCCAAGAAGCGGAACGUUUCGACGGCCCUGACGAUUUCUUGGGCAUGGUGUCUAUCCCCAUCCAGACGUUUACCCACGGCAAGCGAAUGACUGCAGAGUUACCUCUGGUGGACGAGGAGGGAGAGAGUAAUUCACCACGUACGCGUGGCUCGUUGAUAGUCUCCGUUCAGUGGACGCAUUGUGAUGAAGAAGACGAUAAGGUGUCGAAUGAAUCGAAACUAUGGGCGAUUAGUAGUGGUGGAGGUAGAGCGCUUCUAGCAGUGAAGGAGAAACAGCGACCAGAACUACUGGAAGAAGCAGCACUAGAGGUUGAAAUACUCCGUCAGCAGAUGGAACAGCUUCUCGAGCUACUGCUAAGCAUGGCAACCGAAGUACUGGAGCCAAUGUAUCGCCUACAGAACCGCAUGAAGAUCGCGCAAAGCAGGGGAAAGACCGCAGAGGAAGCAAAAAUGCUCGAACAACGCUUAGACGGCUUGUUCCGUACACAAUUAUUGCCAAAACUGAAGCUUGUAAAAGGCUCAGUAGCUAGACAAGUCGAUACUCAAUUUCCAGUUGUCCUUAAGACGUUGUUUGUGCCUAUCGAGGAAUAUCUUAGCAGCUUUGACCAGAAGUCUCGACGUGAUCUAAGAUCGUCGAUGGAGAAAUGUCUAGAUGAACUAAAUGCGAAGAUGAAUGCCUUGAAAGUAGCACCUGCUGAAGAUUUAUCCCCUACAGAUGGGAUGAACAUGGCGUUAGACCAAUAUCAUCAAGUGAAGAGCUGGAACGACCAGCUCCGUGAAAUCCUCGAGACAUUUUUCAGUGGAGACAAAGCGCAGUGGCAGUUCGCGCGUGAAGAAAAAGUGAAUGAAAUGUACACAAAACUAUCUGGAGACGGUUUUCACAAUGCUGGUAGAUCUAGUCGAAGUGAAGUAAAAACUAUGGCAAGACCAGUCACCGCCGCCGCUGUUUUAAAACGCAAGGAGCGCAUUGAAAAGGCCAAGCAGGAAAAAACGUGGUACGAGCUGUAGAUUUUAUUCAUCAACACUCGACCGGUGCUGCAGGGAACGUAUAGAUUUGUGGUUGUCUACAGUAGCAAACACGGAAGUCGAAGUGUAAAUGCCUUAAAUGACCUUACUGGCGACCACACAGCUGCUUGAUGUGCUUCCUGAGGAUGGAGUCCAAGUCGUCAAGCUCUCUGUAGGACGGGAAGUAGUUGACAUCAAUUACGUAGAGUUCUUGCGAGCCGUCAUCUGCCACAAUGACGUCGAAGCCGAACAGUGUCAGCUUCAGCUCGUCACGAAGACAUUUGCCGAUCUCGCGCACGCCCGCGAAAAUUUCUUCCUGCGUCCACCCACCAACAAUCUCUUCUUGCGACGUGCUGUCGUCUACGUGAGGAUGAAAAUCUCUGCUUGUAGGGUAGUUCUGCUGCGUGUCAAAGUGCACGUGUUGAGCAGUUCCAGCCACGAGGUUCGGCAAUGACCGUCGCUCUGCAACAUUGAUGAUGUCGCCCAACACGUAGCCCUUGAAGAGGCGACCCGAGUGGUUAAUGAAUUCCUACAACAUCAACAACAGUCAGAGAAAUGAUCAUCUACUCAAUCCAAAGCAGUUGAUCGUCCACCUGAUACAGCGUUGGGUAUUCGACGUAGUGCAGAUCUUCGCGCUUGGUGAUGACACUCAUCAUGUGCGAACGGUCCGUCGCUGCAGCACCAAAAUCAUGUAAACGACAAAAUGUAUCAUCAGUUCUUACAUCCCCAGCUCAAAGGUCUUUAAUCACGCACCGCAGGCCUC